AUGGCAUCAAAACCAUAUGGUUACAAGUAUUUCUCGGUGCAUUUCGUCGAGAGCUUGAAAUAUGUAGUUCACGUCGAAAUCAAUCGCGUUGACAAACUCAAUGCAUUCAUUGAGCCGAUGUGGUUUGAAAUGCGGGAGCUGUUUAAUCAGCUGUCUUCGGACUCUUCCGUUCGUGCCAUUGUUAUCAGUGGCGCGGGAGACAAAGCUUUUACGGCUGGGCUUGAUGUCAAAGCCGCCUCUAAAGCCGUCAGUUCCCAGCAAGGCAACGCCGAUACCGCUCGAAGAGGGGCCUACAUCCGCCGAUAUAUCCAUCGCUUUCAGGACUGUAUCUCAGCUAUAGAGCGCUGCGAGAAGCCUGUCAUAGCAGCGAUGCACGGACACUCACUCGGUUUCGCAAUUGAUCUGUCCACGGCUGCUGAUGUUAGGGUCUGCACUAAAGACGUUCGAUUCUCUGUGAAAGAAGUCGAUAUCGGUAUGGCAGCGGAUAUUGGCGUUUUAAACCGUCUGCCUAAGGUAGUUGGAAACUUUAGCUGGGUCAAGGAGGUAUCGCUUUCGGCGCGACUCUUUGGAGCCGAGGAGGCCCUGCGCGUCGGUUUCGUGAGCGCCGUACACGAAAGUAAAAGCGAAAUGAUAGAAAGCGCUUUGCAGUUGGCAGGACUCAUUGCGCAGAAAAGCCCUGUUGCCGUGCAAGGAACAAAGGAAUUGUUGAACUGGUCUAGAGACCAUCCAACUCAAGAAGCCAUGUACGAUCUUCAUUAUGACCUGUCGUCCUUGGACCUGAUCCGAGCUUUUUCUGCCGUCGGUCAUGUUCCUACAGUGUUUAUUAAAAAGCCGUCACCAAAGUCUGGAUUGCCGUUGCUCUCCAACGCUGUAACCGGCUUUUCCAACAUCGAGGAAGAUCAAGCAGGGAUGACUUCCAUUAUGCCGUAUAUGCUGGAGGAUGAGUUGAACAGAGUCAUUGGUGGUGGCUAUGUUAAGGCUGAUCAACCAUGGGGUGAGAAGGUCGUGGUCUCGAAAACUGUGGAUGGUGCCAGCUUGAUUACCGGUCAAAAACCAGCUAGUGCGGCGGGUGUUAGAAGGGUGGUUCUGAAGGCUUUGGGAGUCUGA